GCAGCGCCGCAAAGGCACCGGAAGACACAAUCGGGAUAAGCAAGGGCCAUCCCUUAAACAUCCCAAGACCAGCCGCUAUCGAUGUUAUUUCUGCAGCAUGGCCGAGACUGAGGCGCUGCCGAAGCUUCGGGAAGACUUCAGGAUGCAGAAUAAAUCUGUCUUUAUUCUGGGCGCCAGCGGGGAAACCGGCAGAGUGCUCUUAAAAGAAAUCUUGGAACAGAGCCUGUUUUCCAAAGUCACGCUCAUUGGCCGGAGAAAGCUCACCUUCCAUGAGGAUGCUUAUAAAAAUGUGAACCAAGAAGUGGUGGACUUUGAAAAGUUGGAUGACUACGCUUCUGCCUUUCAAGGUCAUGAUGUUGGAUUUUGUUGCCUGGGUACCACCAGAAAAAAAGCCGGAGCGGAAGGAUUUGUUCGUGUUGAUCGAGAUUAUGUCCUCAAGUCUGCGGAACUGGCAAAAGCUGGAGGGUGCAAACAUUUUAACUUGCUGUCCUCUAAGGGAGCUGAUAAGUCAAGCAAUUUUUUAUAUCUGCAAGUUAAGGGAGAAGUGGAAGCUAGAGUUGAAGAAUUACAAUUUGAUCGUUACUCUGUGUUUAGGCCUGGAGUUCUACUGUGUGACAGGCAAGAAUCUCGCCCAGGGGAAUGGUUGGUUAGGAAAUUCUUUGGCUCCUUACCAGAAUCUUGGGCCAGCGGGCACUCUGUGCCAGUGACAACUGUGGUUAGGGCCAUGCUGAACAAUGCAGUGCGCCCAAGCGGCAAGAAGAUGGAACUGCUGGAUAAUAAGGCCAUCCAUGACCUGGGGAAAGCCGAUAGCUCUCGCACGCCAUGACCACGCUGGAGAAAUGCUUUCUACUGUAAAGCUCAACACCCGCCACCUCAUUGGUACUUUUCAGGGACCAAAAAAAGUCAGUGUGCUUCACAAGUCUCAGCUGCCCAGAUCCAAUCAAAAAUUACUGUGUUCUGCACCAGCAAUUCAGAG